AGCCGAAGAGACUGAACGAAUACCGAGAUGUCGUUGGCGUCCUGCCUUGUGUCGGUCGUCGCUUUACAAGAGAAUGAAGUGGGAAUGCGGGAUAUAUGAUACACAUGUACAGUUACAGUGUUCAGUUGCUCGAGUCUGUAAUUAACGGUUCGUUUAUCAUCGAGUGCAAGGCGCGCAAUAGUGUAACCGGUAAUUCACGCGAGUAUAUUGGCACAUGCUCUGGACCGUGUGACAUAUUGUUCCGCAAAGUGUAGCCGAGUUAUUGAACGAGAAUCAGAAUGGUGACGAUAAACUCGGAUCUACGACGUGAACGCGAAAGAUGCAGCUUCAAUCCCAUGGAGCUUACGCACUUCUGGGAUGGCGAUUCGAAGAAAACGUCGCAGCGGCGAGAGCGAGAGAACUUCUUCCUGAGCGAUCCGCUGCUCCAUGAUAGAAUUCCUGCAAAAUAUAAGAGUCACAAAGAAAUUUAUGAGGAAGCGAUAAUGAAAGGAUGCCGUGUGAUACAAAAGGUGCAACAGUUACAGGAGUCGGGAAAAGGCGGCGUGGAUGUUUUCUCACAAAUCUUAGGAGGCAUGUUAGGUUCGGCGAUACUGAAGGACGGGAAUCCGUUGACGCUGCACUACGUCAUGUUUAUACCGGCUAUCAUGGGACAGGGCACUGUCGAACAACAAAGUUAUUGGAUAUCUAAAGCUUGGAGUUGUAAUAUCAUCGGUACUUACGCACAGACGGAGCUUGGUCAUGGCACGUUUAUCCGAGGCUUGGAGACCACAGCGACUUACGAUCCCGAAACCAAAGAAUUCAUAUUAAAUAGCCCGACUCUGACAUCGUACAAAUGGUGGCCUGGUGGUUUGGGUCACACAGCGAAUUAUGCAAUUGUUGUUGCGCAGUUAUAUACGAAAGGAGAGUGUAGAGGUAUCCAUCCUUUUAUCGUGCAACUCAGAGACGAGUAUAUUCAUGAGCCUUUACCGGGUAUAAAGAUCGGUGAAAUUGGCACCAAGUUAGGAAUGAAUGCAACCAACAACGGCUUUCUCGGUUUUGAAAAUGUUAGAAUACCGCGCGAGAAUAUGUUGAUGAAAAACUCUCAGGUAUUGGAAGAUGGAACCUAUGUGAAAGCACCUAGUGAUAAACUCACAUAUGGUACGAUGAUGUUCGUUCGAGUGGUAUUAGUACGUGAUAUUUCUAAUUACUUGUCGAAGGCGGUCACUAUAGCUAUUAGAUACAGCGCAGUAAGACGACAAAGUCAGAUAAAACCCGAUGAGCCAGAAGCACAGAUUAUAGAUUAUGUUACUCAACAAUACAAAUUAUUUCCCAAUCUUGCUGCAUGUUUCGCAUUCCGAAUGUGCGCCGAUUGGAUUUGGGAGAUGUAUAACAAUGUGACAGCUGAGUUAGAUCAAGGAGAGUUAGAAAGACUUCCUGAGCUACACGCAUUGGCAUGUUGUCUAAAGGCAGUUGCAUCAUCAGAUGGAGCAACUGGCAUCGAGCAAUUACGAUUGGCGUGUGGUGGACACGGUUACAUGGAUGCCAGCAAUUUACCGGCGACUUAUGGUCUUGUAACCGCUGUCUGCACUUAUGAAGGUGAAAAUACGGUUCUUCUACUUCAAACGGCUAGAUAUUUAGUGAAAGCCUGGAGACAAGCAGUCGGUGGACAAUCAUUGCCAUCAACAGUAGGAUAUUUAGCUGUCGUUUCGCGUGGAGUAAAACAGCGUCCUUGGAAAAAUACUUUAUCCUGUAUCGUGGAAGCACAUCAAGCUGUUGCGGCAGGUAAAAUUCGCCUGGCAACGGAAAAUAUGGAUCGCAGAAUACGUAGCGGUGCAUCACCAGAAGAUGCGUGGAAUCAAACCAGUAUUGAAUUAGCACAUUGCGCGGAGUCACAUUGCCGAACUUUUCUAGUGAUGAGAUUCGUCGAGACUGUAAGAGGACUGACUGGGAUCUCCAAGCAGCUUCAUGAAGUUUUAAUACAACUUUGCGAAUUGUAUUCGAUAUACUGGGUCUUACAACGACUCGGAGACUUUCUGCGAUUUUCCUGUCUGAAUAAUGAAAAUAUUCCGGCGCUUCAAACACGCUUCGAAGAAAUGCUCGCUGCGAUCCGUUCAAAUGCUGUGGGUAUUGUCGAUGGAUUUGAUAUUCGCGACGAGGUCCUCGCAUCUGCGCUCGGCGCGUACGACGGAAAUGUAUAUCAGCGUCUCUUUGAUGAGGCAAUGAAGAGUCCGUUGAAUCAGGAGAGUGUGAAUCAAUCCUAUCAUAAGUAUCUUAAACCUUUUCUUAAAAGUAAUUUAUAAUCAAAUAUCAUGUGUUUAUCACAUGAGUUAACAGCAAUUCUAUCUAUUCUAUGAUAAUAAAUAAAUAAAUUUGUGUAAGAAAAUAUUUGCAAACAUUUUUAAAUACGAGCCAGAAUAAUUUGCAUAAUUUUGCAUGCAGAAUGUAUUAUAUGUCGUGAUAUCUGGUAAUUAUAUUAGCAAAUUUGUAAGGAAUAAUUUUACGCGUAAAAAAUAUUCUGGCUUUUUUUAUCGUAACAAAUCAUUGUCA